AUCAUAGAAUAGUGCUAAAUAUUAAGACACAAAGGGGUCCGAGCGUGACUGUCAAAUCUACAUAUUCUCUGUUCUCUCUUUUCUCUCUCUCUCUCUCUCUCUGAAUUCACAGGACAGCCCCUUUGCUCCGCAGAUUCGAUUCAAUCGCCGAUCUUUAUCACUCACUGCUCCUCGGGAAUCCCUCGUCUCCCCCCUUUCAAUCUCUGUCUCUUCUCCCUCAAUAUAAUGUUCCAGAUUUUCAAGGGCUGGUUCUGACUCGAUCAAGCUUUUGACUCCUUAAAAAAGAAAAAAAAAAUAUGGAGGGUGACACAUUCUCUGGUCUUGGCAACGGUACCCAGAUUGAUAGCAAGAUCUUGCAGACAUUUAAGAAAAGCUUUGUUCAAGUCCAGAACAUCUUGGAUCAGAACCGGGUACUCAUCAAUGAGAUAAACCAGAAUCAUGAGUCCAAGGUCCCUGACAACCUCAGCAGAAACGUUGGACUUAUUAGGGAGCUCAACAACAACAUCAGAAGAGUGGUUGACCUUUAUGCGGAUCUUUCAAGUUCUUUCACCAAAUCCAUGGAAGUUUCUUCCGAAGGGGAUUCAAGUGGUGCUGUAAAAUCUGAUGGCAAAGCUGGCCACAAGCGACACAGGCCUCUUUAGGGAGCUCUUUUUUUUUUUAUUUCUUCUUUUUUCUUUUUUGUUUGGUGGAGAUGCACGACAUAACAAUUGUGUUGAGGGGUAGAACAAGAUUAAGUUCUGUAGCAAAAGCCCUCUUGUAUUACAGAACUUUCUUUAGCUCGUCACUUACUGCUUACUACAUCUCAAAUAAAAAGAAAUGAUUUUCCGGAAUUAA